AUGCAGAAAGGAAUAAGGAAAAAAAUUAUAUUUUUUUUUUUAUGGAUAUCAUUAAUAUUUAAAUGUGAAACAAAAAAAAAGUUAAGUGCUUCAUUAAAUUUUGUUUCAAGUAAAAACCUUUCUAAUGGGAUAAGAUUAAAAAAUAAGCAUUUAAAAGAAACCAAUAGGAUAUAUAUAGUAGCAGAAGAAAAUACAAUUACAUUGAAUGAUCAAAAUUAUAUGAAUGAACUGAAAAAUGUAAAAGUAAAAAGAAAUAUAAGUGAAGCAUUGCAUAUGGCAGUUUAUGAAGAAAUGAAAAAAGACAAAAAUGUGUAUGUCCUAGGAGAAGAUGUAGGACUAUAUGGAGGUUCGUAUAAGGUAACGAAAAAUUUAGCUCAUUUUUUUGGUUUUGCAAGAGUAUUAGAUACACCAAUAUGUGAAAAUGCCUUUAUGGGAUUAGGCAUAGGAUCUUCUAUUAAUGGAUUAAGGCCAAUAAUAGAAGGAAUGAAUUUAUCUUUUUUAAUUUUAGCUUUUAAUCAAAUUUCAAAUAAUGCAUGUAUGAUGAGAUAUAUGUGUGAUGGCCAAUUUAAUAUUCCUGUAGUUAUAAGGGGACCUGGAGGAGUUGGAAAACAAUUAGGUCCAGAACAUUCUCAAAGAAUUGAAUCUUAUUUAAUGAGUAUUCCAGGAUUAAAAAUUGUUUCAUGCUCAACUCCUUAUAAUGCUAGAGGAUUAUUAAAAUCAGCUAUUAGAGAUAAUAAUCCUGUUUUAUUCUUAGAACACGUUUUAUUAUAUAAUUUAGAAGAAGAAAUUCCACUUUUACCUUAUACGCUACCUAUUGAUAAGGCAGAAAUUGUUAAAAAAGGUAAGGAUUUAACUAUAUUAUGUUAUGGUAUCACAAGACAUAUAGCCUUAGAAGCUGCAAAAGAGUUACAUAAAAUUAAUAUUGAUGUAGAAAUCGUAGAUUUAAUUUCCUUAAAACCAUUUGAUAUGGAAACUAUAGAACAUUCUCUUAAAAAAACUCAUAAAUGUUUAAUAUUAGAUGAAUCAGCAGGUUUUGGAGGUAUUGGUGCUGAAUUAUACACUCAAAUAGUAGAAAAGUUUUCUUCUUACUUAAAAAGAGUACCUGCUCGUUUAUGCACUAAAGAUAUUCCUAUUGCUUAUUCAAGUAAAUAUGAAGAUGCUUGUAUAAUUAAAAAAGAAGAUGUAGUUUAUAUGUCUACAUAUUUACAUUCUUCAUAA